UCAACAUUUACAACGUAUUUAAACUUAAUGUAAGUGCUGCCUUAAUUAUAGAAUUAAAGUUAUUAAAAAUUCUUCCGCGAUUUUGAAAUGAUUAUUCAUGAGAUCGAGAUUCUAGAAAAAUAACGCGAAUUAAAGUGUUUUGGACUUUGAACAUGAUGACAGAUAGCUCAACAUUGUUCGAUCAGUGUAAUUUUAAUUUUGUGCUGUCAUCGUAACUGUGUACAGAAGUAAUUGGAAAUCACUAAUAACCCACUUAUGGUCCGAUACAAAUACUGACAUUGUGUAAGUAACCUUUGGACUUGACUUCAACUAACCCAUUGUUUUAAUUACUAGUUUUACGCAAGCUCGUAUUUAAAAAAAAAUCUGGUACCUAAUUGGCAUUAUUAUUUUUGUGAUUGAAAGACAAAUAAUUACUUUGACACUACUCAAAAACUGAAUCAUUUUGAGCGAGCUUAUGACUCUUAUUGUUUACCUCAAGAUGAAGCGUUGGUAAAGUAGCCAAGUUAGCCAAAACUUCAUGAAUAUUCCCAUGAUUUAAAUAACUGGCCACGCCGGUAGCCGUUAACAAGAAACCAAUUUUAGAUUUUGAACUUUGGACAUCAAUUUGUUUUCGCGCUAUGACGUCACGAUCGAUCAACCUUUUUACAAAUAUAAUUAUUUAAGUUGCGAAUAUAAAGAUAUCUGAUUAUAAAUAGAAAGAACUUCAAACAGUCAAGACAGUCAGCAUCUUGGCGAGUCAAUCAAACGUUUAUGCAAAUCAUUAUGGCGGAUAAAUGCCAUUGAUCGAGAACCAGUUAAUGUCAGUGAUUGCACCAAUAAAUUAUAAAUAAGGAAACUGUAGUGAACUUGACAGUGAAAUUGUGUAUCAAUCGCCAUGAGGUUCUUAAGUCUGAUAUUUUUCUAUACUUUAGCGACGGGCAAUUUUGUGCAACUUGCUAUCGUUAGAGUCAAUGAGGGACUAUUGCUGGGUGUGCGAAAAAAGCUGUCCACUGGUCUAGGAGAAUUACUACAGUUUCAAAGGGAUUCCUUAUGCUAAAGCACCAGUUGGAGACUUGCGAUUUAAGGAUCCCAUACCCAUCAAACCAUGGAGAGGCGUGAAAGAGGCAAUAAUACACGGUUCACUUUGCCCUCAAUUUUCUAGAGUAGUCAAUAUGUAUGUCCCUGGUAGCGAAGAUUGUCUGUAUUUAAAUGUUUACACGCCAGACUUGAAGCCAGAAAAACCUCUCCCAGUAAUGUUUUACAUUUAUGGAGGUGGCUUUGUUAGUGGAUCAGGAAACUCAUAUGUAUACGGCCCAGAUUUUAUUGUUGAAAAGAAUGUCGUUUUGGUAACUAUUAACUACAGGGUCGAUGCUUUGGGAUUCCUUAACCUGGACACGAAGGAUGUUCCGGGUAAUGCUGGUAUGAAAGAUCAGAGCCUUGCGUUAAAAUGGGUUCAUGACAACAUCCAUAAAUUCGGUGGUGAUCUGGACAAAGUGACCAUUUUUGGAGAAAGCGCAGGGUCAGCGUCAGUGACUUAUCAUUUACUGUCACCAAUGUCUAAAGGAUUAUUUAAACGAGCUAUAGCUAUGAGCGGCGUUACAUUUUGCGAGUGGGCCAUCAGUUACGAGACCGCAAAACGAUCUUUUGCACUUGGAAACAUGUUGGGAAGCAACACGACCGAUCCAAACGAAAUGUUGGAGUUCCUGCAAAGGCAACCCAUUUUGAAAUUAAUUCACAAGUUUCCUACGGUCAUGCCAGUUGAAGAAAACUGGGCUAUUGGGCUGAAAAUGUCGCCGUACGUACCUGCUCCCGAAAAAAACUUUGGGCAAAAACGAUUUUUAGUGGAGUCCGCGACUGAGAGUCUUAAAAAAGGAAAAAUUAAUCCAGUAGACCUGAUGAUAGGAUACACCAGUUUGGAAUAUUUGUAUCAGUUACGUAGACUCGGCAAUUCACUAGAAAGGUACAACAAUAUGCGCGAAUUAUUGAUACCUCGUGAAAUUACAUAUUACGGGCGAAAAAAUAUUGACAAGAAUGCAUUAGCAGCGAAAAUAUCCGAACAAUAUUUUGGUAAAAGGGAUAUCAAUAACGAAACAGUUAAGGAGUUCCUUGACUACCAAAGUGAAGAAAUAUUUGUGUACAACAUAAACAGGUUUUUAAGGCACCUGCCAAAUGGGAAUAAAAAGUUCUUGUACAAAUUCUUCUGCAUAUCAGAAAUAAACAAAUACACGCCCGACGGAGAACUGUAUGGAAUAACUGGAGUAGGACAUACGGAUGAUUUGCGAUAUGUCUUUGAUAUCCAACUUGGCAACCAAACAGUUGACGUAUCAUCAGAAGCUUACAGACUUAUUAAUCAGACAGUCACAUUAUUUACAAACUUUGCAAAAUAUGGAAACCCGACUCCAGAAGAUUUCCUGGGCGUGACAUGGCCAGAGUACGACAAUGCUUCGAAGCAGUACAUGGUCAUUAACUCCACCCUGCGCGUUGACAUCAACCCUGACGCUGGAGCCAAUGCUUUCUGGUCGAGCAUAUACGAGGAAGGUGGCGUGGAACUGCCUUGAAAAGACUAAUCAUCAUCAUCAUCAUGUCAGCCAUAGAACGUCCACUGCUGAACAUAGGCCUCCCCUAAUGCUUUCCACAUUGAUCGAUUGGUAGCGGCCUGCAUCCAGCGCUUCCCUGCUACCUUCACGAUGUCGUCGGUCCACCUUGUAGGUGAAGAGACUAAUACUGACUGUGUAGUCGAUAAAAUUCGCUUCUAAGAGAAAACCAC